AUGUGGUACCGAAAGUUGCCUAAUGAAGUUGUUUGGGUUGCCAACAGAGACACUCCAGUCUCCAAGCCCAUCGGAACACUAAAAAUCUUGAAUAACAACCUCCACCUCAUUGAUCAUACUAGUAACUCCGUUUGGUCAACCCAAGUGACUAGCCAAAGUCUGAAGUCGGAACUGACCGCCGAGCUUCUUGACAACGGCAAUUUGGUAUUGCGGUACUCCAACAACAACGAGACAAGUGGAUUUUUAUGGCAAAGCUUCGGCUUUCCGACGGAUACAUUACUCCAUGAUAUGAAAGUGGGUUGGGAUAAGAAGUCGGGUCUAAAUAGGAUAUUACAAUCAUGGAAAAACAGGAAUGAUCCUUCAACUGGCGAUUACACUUAUAGUAAAACUUAG